CAGCUCCGGCGGGCAGCAGGCGCUGGAGCGCAGCGCAGUUCAGCUCAGCGCAGCACCAUCGGUCUGCGGAGCGGACUGAGCUAGAAGCGGAGCGCUGACGCCGGAGGCGUGCAAUGAGGAGGGCAGGUGCUGCCUGCAGCGCCAUGGACCGGCUGCGCCUGCUGCUGCUGCUGAUUCUAGGGAUGUCCUCUGGAGGUGCCAAGGAGACAUGUUCCACAGGCCUGUACACCCACAGCGGAGAGUGCUGCAAAGCCUGCAACUUGGGCGAAGGCGUGGCCCAGCCCUGCGGAGCCAACCAGACCGUGUGUGAACCCUGCCUGGACAGUGUUACAUUCUCCGAUGUGGUGAGCGCCACUGAGCCGUGCAAGCCGUGCACCGAGUGCCUGGGCCUGCAGAGCAUGUCCGCUCCCUGUGUGGAGGCAGACGAUGCAGUGUGCAGAUGUGCCUAUGGCUACUACCAGGACGAGGAGACUGGCCACUGUGAGGCUUGCAGCGUGUGCGAGGUGGGCUCGGGACUCGUGUUCUCCUGCCAGGACAAACAGAACACAGUGUGUGAAGAGUGCCCAGAGGGCACAUACUCAGACGAAGCCAACCACGUGGACCCGUGCCUACCCUGCACGGUGUGCGAGGACACUGAGCGCCAGUUACGCGAGUGCACGCCCUGGGCUGAUGCUGAAUGCGAAGAGAUCCCUGGUCGAUGGAUCCCAAGGUCUACGCCCCCGGAGGGCUCCGACAGCACAGCGCCCAGCACCCAGGAGCCUGAGGUUCCUCCAGAGCAAGACCUUGUACCCAGUACAGUGGCGGAUAUGGUGACCACUGUGAUGGGCAGCUCCCAGCCUGUAGUGACCCGCGGCACCACCGACAACCUCAUUCCUGUCUAUUGCUCCAUCUUGGCUGCUGUGGUCGUGGGCCUUGUGGCCUAUAUUGCUUUCAAGAGGUGGAACAGCUGCAAACAAAAUAAACAAGGCGCCAACAGCCGCCCCGUGAACCAGACGCCCCCACCGGAGGGAGAGAAACUGCACAGCGACAGUGGCAUCUCUGUGGACAGCCAGAGCCUGCACGACCAGCAGACCCAUACGCAGACUGCCUCAGGCCAGGCCCUCAAGGGUGAUGGCAACCUCUACAGUAGCCUGCCCCUGACCAAGCGUGAGGAGGUAGAGAAACUGCUCAACGGGGAUACCUGGCGACAUCUGGCAGGCGAGCUGGGUUACCAGCCUGAACAUAUAGACUCCUUUACCCACGAGGCCUGCCCAGUGCGAGCCCUGCUGGCCAGCUGGGGUGCCCAGGACAGUGCAACGCUUGAUGCCCUUUUAGCCGCCCUGCGACGCAUCCAGAGAGCUGACAUUGUGGAGAGUCUAUGCAGCGAGUCCACUGCCACGUCCCCAGUGUGAACUCACAGACUGGGAGCCCCUGUCCUGUCCCACAUUCCGACGACUGAUGUUCUAGCCAGCCCCCACAGAGCUGCCCCCUCUCCCUCGGGGAUGGCCCAACGGUCAGAACGGAGCAUCUCUGUGCAGGGCCUCUGUGUUCCCACUCCUGACUCCGUUGCUGCUCCCGAGGGGGCCCUUGCUUCUGACCACCCUCUCCUCAGCAAGAGAGAGAGAGAGGACCACCCGAGCCUGACUUGCUCCAUUUCCAUCUCAGGCCUUUCCUUCCUUUCUACACAUUAGCUGUGUCAGAUCUGGGGGUUUGACACUAGGAGAAGGGAGCGGGGGCACCCCUAAGACUCAGGAGGUACUGAAGAACCAGAGCCAUGGACUCCACACUGUGAACCGGAGAACAAGGGGCGGGGCAUUGUGGUAGGCUAGACCUUCCUUAGCCCCUCCCUUCUCCCCUCUGGCCAAAGAAGAGGAUUACGGACCUAUCUGAGCUGAAAGCAGGUUUGGAACCCAGCCCACACUUCUCUCUCACACACAGGAUGGUAAAACCCAGAGAAAGGCAGGGACUGACCUAGGCCACCCAACCACAGGAAGAACAAAUGAAGGCUGAUACACUCCUUUCUGAAUGAGGGCGUCAAGUGUGCUUGUUGACAGGGAUGGCGUGACUUUCAGGGAAAUAUCUGGAAGCCAUGUCUGCCCCGCCCUCAACCACUUCCAGGCCCCUACCCAACCCUUGUGCAGAUGAACUGUUUGUUCAAGGGCUGGUCCAUUGGUCUAUUCUGAUGGAGUCAAGCUAAGGGCUCAGGCUUAUCCAUAAGGCAUUUGUGGAGAGAUGAAUCUGUUAGUGCGCUCAUUCUUGGCAUAAGCCUGAAGCCAACACGGCCCUUAAUGUCAGCCCUCGGGGUCAGGAACCAAGGACUCCCACCCCACAAUCCAACACUAUACUACAUUACACACACACACACACACACACACACACACACACACACACACAGAGAUAUCUUGCUUUUCUCCCCAUGGCUCUUUUGGGGCUGAGACUAGAUCCUGCUGGGAGUCACUGCCAGUGAGAGAUCCGGAGGGGACAGAGCUGAGCUUCAUGGGGCUGUCUUCCUCGCCCCCGGGUCUGGCAGGCCAAGAAUGACUGCAUCUGAGCUGGUGUCUGUCUUCCAAUGGCCUGUGCGUGGAGGAAAUGCUCCCACUCCUCCCCUUCUUGAAGCUGCCCCCAGAAGACUACAGUGCAAAAGAGCAGACUGGUGUGAGAACACAAGAAAAAGCAGAUGCUGGCCCUGCAGUCUGUGGCAGCUUUCUCCUCAGCUUCAAGGCCCCUGCAAAGGACGGAUUUCCUGAGCACGGCCAGGAAGGGGCAAGAGGGUUCGGUUCAGUGGCGCUUUCUCCCGGCUCCUUGGCCUGUUCUGUUUUGCUUGCUGUUGGAAUGAGUGGGCACCCCCUCUAUUUAGCAUGAAGGAGCCCCAGGCAGGGUAUGCACAGACUGACCACCAUCCCUCCCCACCCAGGGUCCACCCAACCCGGUGAAGAGACCAGGAGCAUUGUACGCAUACGCGGGUGGUAUUUUUAUGGACCCCAAUCUGCAAUUCCCAGACACCUGGGAAGUGGGACAUUCUUUGUGUAUUUAUUUUCCUCCCCAGGAGCUGGGGAGUGGUGGGGGGCUGCAGGUACGGUUUAGCAUGUGUUUGGUUCUGGGGGUCUCUCCAGCCUUGUUUUGGGCCAAGUUGGAACCUCUGGCCCUCCAGCUGGUGACUAUGAACUCCAGACCCCUUCGUGCUCCCCGACGCCUUCCCCUUGCAUCCUGUGUAACCAUUUCUUGGGCCCUCCCAAAACCUACACAUAAAACAUACAUGAUGACCAUUAAAUAGCAAAAAAAAAAAA